AUGGGCUCGACCAAGCGGUCCUCGGAGGCCGCUGACCCGCCCAAGAAGAAGGCCAAGGCGGCCAAGGCGGCCAAGGCGGCGAAGCCGGCAAAGCCGGACAAGCGGGCGGAUCCGGAGGAGAAGCCGGCCGCGCCAGAGCCGGCGGCGGAGCCCGUUGCCGACUGGAUGGAGGACGAGGAGGCGCCCUUUCCUCGCGGCGGCGGCUCGGCGCUCAGCGCGCUCGAGCGCCGUGAGGUGGCCGCUCGUGCGCGCGAGGAUGCCCUCUUCACGGAGGAUCAGGAGGAGGACGAGGACGGCGAUGAGGCUGUCGGCUCCCUCCGCACGCGGCUGGGCGGCUCCUCGGCGGCGUUGGCGGCGCGGCUCAAGGCGUCCGAGCUGACGCCGGGCACGCUGGCCCUCUGCGCAGUGCGCGAGGUCCACUCGAGCCGCGCCAUCCUCUCGCUGCCCGACGGCCAUCUCGGGCUCCUCGAGCGGCUCGAGCUCUCGGACGAGCUGCACGCCGAGAUCGCGGGCGGCGGCGAGGCGGCGCACCCGCCCGACCUGCGCAAGCUGCUCGCGGUGGGAGAGCUCCUCCCCGCGGUCGUCCUCGCGCCGCCCAAGCCCGCGGGCCACGACACGCCUCGCUCCGGCCGCGGCAGCCGCUCGACGCCUCCCUCGACGGUCUCGACCCGCCUCUCGCGCGUCCAGGCGGCGGCGCUGUCGAGCGGGACGGCGCUACCGCGCGGCGCCCUGCUGUGGGGCGUGCUCAAGUCGGUCGAAGAGUAUGGGGCCGUCCUCUCCCUCGGCGGCGGGCACACGGGCUUCCUGCACAAGAAGCACUGGGCGGGGCUCGCCGGCGGGUCGGAGGGCAAGCCGCCCCCGCGCUGGCGGCCCCUCGGCGCCUCCUCCUCGGACGGCUGGACGACGGCGCUGCCGACCGGCACAAAGCUCAAGGCGCGGCUGCUCUGGCUCUCGCCGCAGCGCAAGACGGUGGCGCUGUCGCUGCAGCCGCACCUGACCGGGCUGGAGGCGCGCUUCAAGCCCGGCGCCGAGGCGGGUGAGCGCGUGACUUGCCGCGUGGCGCUGAAGCCGGCGGAUGCGCUCCGCAAGCUCAAGCCGGGCGCCGCCGUCUCCGCCGUCGUCACGGGCGUCGACUGGCUCUCUGGCCGGCUGCGCCUCUCUGCGCGCGCGUCGGUGCUCAAGCGCGCGUCGCCCCCCGUCGCCACCCCCGAGGUGGGCGCCGUGGUGGACGCCACCAUCGUCCGGCUCGGCGCGGCGGGCGCGCGGCUGAGGAUCGGCGGGCCGGUUGGCGGCUCGCUGAGCGGGCACGCGCCGCGCCACCAGCUUGCCGACGGCAGCCUGCAGAAGCCCGAGGCGCGGCUCGCUGUGGGCAGCACCGUCCGCGCGCUUGCGGUGCGGCCGACCGCACUCAUCGUCGCCUUCCUCAACGGCGUCAAGGGCGUCGUCUUCGGCUCCGAGCUCCGUGCGACGCUCGGCGCGGUCUGGGACUCGGACCCGGCUUCCUGCUACUCGGUCGGGCAGACGGUGGAGGCACGGGUGCUCCGCUCGGAGCCGGCAAAGCGCCGGCUCGUCCUCUCGCUCCUCUCGCACGAGCAGGCGGCGGCCACGCCCGCGCUCACCGGCGUCGGCAACGGCGGCACCGCCAAGGCGGGCGCCGCCGCGCAGUACCCUCCCGGCGCCGCGGUGGCGCUUCGCGCGGGCGACGAGGUGCGUGGCGUCGUCGCCGGCUGGCAGGACCGCGCCGCGCCAAAGGAGGAGGGCGGCGGCGAGGAGGGCGUGUGGGUCGCCCUCUCUGGUGGCGGCGGCGGCCAUGGCUGGCUGCCGCUCUCGCAGCUCGGCGAUGUGCGGGCGCUCCUCCCGCUCUGGCGUCGCGCGCUGCGGCCAGGCGCCUCGCUGCCUCCGCUCCUCGUGCUCCUCGUGCAGCCAAAGGCGCUCGGCGGCGCCGGCCGCGUGACGCUCACCGCAAAGCCGUCGCUACGCGCGGCGCUUGCGGGCGGCCGCCUCCCAACGGGUCCGGAGCCGCCCCGUGGCGUGCGGCUGCUGUGCGGCUGGGUGGCCAAAGUCAAGCGCGAGGGCGCGUACGUCGGCUUUGCCGGCCCGCUGCGCGGGUUUGCAGCCUCCGCCGACAUCUCAGACGCGUCGGAGGACGCGCGUGCGCUCCUGUCGGCCGGCCAGUCGGUGCUCGCCCUCGUGGCGGGCGGCACCGGCGGCAGCCGCGAGCGGACGUUGCAGCUGCAGCUGGGCCACGACGCCCUCGCCGAGGCGGCCAAGGCGGAGGCCGCCGACGGGGUGGCGGAGGCGGCUGCUGUCGCCGGCCUGCCCUCGCGCGCCGGCGCCGAGGGCGCGCCGCUGCUGCCGCUCGCCGCGAGCUUCCUCCGCGAGCGGUGGAGCAUCGCGGGUGCGAGGGCAGCCGCCCUCGAGGACGGCGACGAGGGCGACGAGGAGGAGGGACAAAAGGCCAGCGCGGCGGCCGAGAGUGUCGAGGCUGCGCUCGGCUCGGCCCGCGACGCUGCCGCGCCGCUCUCGCUCGAGGCGCUGCGCGCCGUGCGCGUCGGAUCCGUCGUCGAGUUGCGGAAGCCGGCCACCAAGCGGGCCUCCGCGGACGGCGAGGAGACCGCCCGCGGCGUCGUGCUGGACGUCGACCCGCUGAGCAGCGUGGUGCAUGUGUCCACUUCGGACAAGCUCGUCGACGCGCACUCGCCGGGCGGAGAGGGCGGGGAGAGCAGCGGCAAGAAGCGCGCCGCCGCGCCGGUGAGCGCCGCCGCCGACGCGGCGCAGCGGCUGCGUGUCGGCGCCCGCGUCGUUGCCACAGUCGCGCUCUCGCGGCCGGGGCUGCUCGUGCUCAGCCUUCCGAAGCACGGGCACGCGCUCGGCUACUCGUCUGGCCAAAAGGUGCAGGCGGUCGUGACGUCGCUGCCGUCAGAGGCAGCCGAUGGGGGCGCCGCGGCGCCAGAGCCGCUGCAGCUGAGCAUGGUGGAUGCGCCGCUCGCCGCGGCCGCCGGUGAUGCGGCCGUGUCGGAGGGGGGCGUCGGUCCGCUGCGCCGUGCCACCGACGCCCGCCCGGGCGUGCACGCGCUCGCCCGCGUCGCCGACACGUCGACGACGGAGCUGCACGUCCUGCUCGACCGGCGCGGCGCGGUGCGCGGGCGCGUCCACUUCACCGAGCUCGCCGCGCCCGGCCAGCGCGCGAGCUUGCCCUCCGCCUCUCCGGAGGAGCCCGUGCAUGUCGUCGUUUUGGGCGGCGGCAAGGCGGCCGACCGGCAGGGCGCCCGCUCCACUGGCCUCGUCGAGUGCACGAUGCGGCCGCUCGACGUGGCGGGCGGCGCCAUCGCGCCGCGCGUCGCGGCAGCCGACCUCUCCGUCGGCCAGAUUGUGCAGGGGUGGGUGCGCGAGGCGACCGGGUCCGCGCUCUGGGUCUGCCUCUCCCACAAGUGCACCGGCCGGGUGGCCGCGCUCGAGGCGUCCGAGGACCCGGCGGUGGUUGCCGACUUGCCAAAGCACUUCUCGUUUGGCGCUCCGGUGACGGUGCGCGUCGUCGCCUUCCAGCCCGCCGGCGGGGAGGAGGGCGGCGAGGGCGAGGGCGAGAAGAAGCGCGGGUCGCGCCUCACGCUCUCGCUCGUGCUCCGGCCUCGGGCCGACGAGCCGGGCGAGCAGCUGCUGCGGGCCGAGGGCGGCGGCGAGGCGUUGGCGGAGCCCGUCGAGGGAAGCAUCGUGUCGGUCCAGGUCAAGUCAGUGGCGCCCGGCAAGGGCGCCGACGUCAAGCUCGCCGACGGCGUCGUCGGCCGCGUCCACAUCACCGAGGUGGUCGACGCGUGGGAGGCGGACCCGCUUGGCCGGCUGUCAGAGGGGCAGACGGCGCGCGCCGUCGUGCUGCGCUCGCGCACGCAGCGCGGUCGGCCUCUGGCCGACGUCUCGCUGCGCGCGUCGUCGGUCGCGGCGUUUGGCGACGCGCCCGGCGAGCACGCGCGCCCGCUCGAGGCGGCCGAGCUGCAGGAAGGCCAGCUGGUGCGCGGCUACGUCAAGGAGGCGUCGGCCCGCGGCGCGUUUGUCUCGCUCUCGCGUUCGCUCGACGGGUUUGUGCCGCUCCGCCAGAUCUCGGACGAGUUCAUCGACGAGAAGGGCGUCUCGGCGAUGCUCCCGCCCGGCACGCUCGUCGUCGCGCGGGUCGUCAAGCUCGCGAGCGGCGGCGCCAACGCGCUGCCCUCCCUCUCGCUCAAGCGCUCCGACGUGGAGGGCGGCACCAUGCGGAAGCGGCUCACCUUCGAGGCGCUACACGCCGGCCGCGCCGUCACCGGGUUUGUGCGCAAGGUGGUCGACUUUGGCGUCUUUGUGCGGCUGCACGGCGGGGGCGAGGGCAAGGGGGCGGAGCGGCUGGACGCGCUCUGCCACUCGAGCGAGGCAUCGGACUCGAAGCUGACGGACCUGGCGGCCACCUUCAAGGCGGGCGACGUGGCGCUCGGCGGCGAGGACCCGCUCGCCGGGCUGCGCGCGGGGACCGACUUGCCGGGCGGCGGCGGGGUUGCGGGCGGCUUCGACUGGGACGACUUUGGUGGCGCCGCCGGUGCCAGCCGGCGGGAUGCGGAGGAGGCGGAGGCGGAGGAGCAGCUCGGGCGGCGCGGCCGGCAGGCCAAGGAGCGCGCCUCGUGGCGCGAGCGCGAGGCGGAGAUGCGCGAGCGCGAGGCGCACGUCGCGUCGGGCGAGGCUGCGACCGCCGAGGACUACGAGCGGCUGCUCGUUGGCGAGCCGUCCAACUCGCGGCUGUGGGUGGACUACAUGGAGCUGCAGCUCUCGCUCGCCGAGCUGGAGCGCGCGCGCGAGGUUGGCGAGCGCGCGCUGCGCACCAUCGAGCUCACGGCCGAGGGCGAGCGCUACAACUUGUGGGCGGCGAUGCUGAACCUGGAGAAGCGCUUCGGCGACGAGGAGUCGCUCGCAGCCCUCUUCAAGCGCGCCAUCGCGCAGGCGGACCCGAUGCGCAUCUACCUGCACGUCGCGGCGACGCACGAGCGCGCCGGCGACGCCGAGCUUGCAGACGCGACGUACAACGGCGCGCUCAAGCGCUUCCGGCGCGACAAGCGCGUGUGGCUCGCGUGGCUCGAGGCGAUCUUUGCGCAGCGAAAGGAUCCCGCGUCGGCCAAGGAGCUGCUGCAGCGCGCCGUCGACUCGCUGAGCACAUCGGACCACGUCGACGUCAUCUCCAAGUUUGGGCAGCUCGAGUUCCGGCACGGCUCGGCGGAGCGGGGCCGCACCGUCUUUGACGGCGUGCUCUCCUCCUACCCCAAGCGCAUCGACGUCUGGUCCGUCUACCUCGACAUGGAGCUGAGACGCGGCGAGCCGGGCCCGAUCCGUUCGCUGUUUGAGCGCGCCGUCUCGCUCAAGCUCUCCUCCAAGAAGGCGAAGUACUUCUUCAAGCGGUACCUGCAGUACGCCUCCGACGCAGGCGACGCCGCGCUCGUCGAGAAGGUCAAGGCGAUGGCCCGCGCAUGGGUGGAGCGGGCGACCGAAGCAUGA